AUGAAUCCACUCAAGGAAAAAAUUGAAUCUACGAUCAACAAGGAUAUUCUGAAAGACAAGGAGAAUCUAGAAAUUGUGGAAUAUCUGGCAGAAAUCAGUAAAGAUGUGAAGAUUGAUGCGCAUUUUGAGAGAAAAGUUAGCAAGAAACUAGAAAUGCGAGAUAUUCAGCUGACACGAGAAUAUUUGAAAGAAUUCGAGAAGGUCAAUGAAGUAGUUCAGAAGUUUGAUGAAAUUGCCCAUCGAAUGAAUAGUAUGUGUAUAAAUCUGUAUCAAAAUAUUGAAAAAGUUCGAAUUCAAAAUGCAUCAAUGGUGAAGAAAAGCGCAUCACUUCAAGAAAGAAAAAUUGAAGUUGAAGAGAAGUUCAAGAAAAUCGAUGAUUUCUUAGAAACUUAUUCAUUGAAACAAGAUGAAUUGCGACUUUUUGAAGAAUGUCAAGAAACCGGAAGACUAUCUGAUUCGUUUUUCCGAGUUUUAGAAAGAGCCGAAAGUAUUCGAGAAGAAUGUAGAAUUCUAGUUCAAGAUCAUUCGAAUGUUGCUGCUUUUGAAAUUUUCGAGCAAAUGCAAGAUUUCCUUGAUUUGGGAAUUAACAUUAUCAGCGCAAACUUGAAAAGAGAAUUUAUGAAUGUGAACAAUGAUGCUCUUCAAAAAAAACUGAUUAUCUCGAAAUCUUUUCAAGUUCUUCAACAAAAUCGAGAACUUUUGAAAGUUAUGCUCGAAACAUAUUCGAAAACAAAAGCCAAUACCAAUUUGCAUCAGUUCACCGAACUCAACAAAACUCCAGCUAAUAUGUGCAAUGAUCCAAUACGAAAUGUAACAGAUAUGUUGACUUAUAUUCAUAGUCUCAUUGAAAAUGAGCAAGAACUUAUCGAAUGUUUAUUAUCACUUUGCGAAAAACAAGUUUUGGCUGAUUAUAAGGAUGAGAUUCUGGAUCAUUCACUGAAAUCACUAUGUGUUCCGUUUAAGGUGAGUUUCAACGUCUCGAAAUAAAAAAGCUUUCAUUAUAUUCAGGUCCGUGUUGAAAAGCUAUUGUCGGUCGAAAAAGAUCCAAUAAUAAUCUGCAAACUUGGAAAUAUUCUCGAUUUUUAUGGCAAAAAGUUUCCUUCUGGUUUCAUUUCUAAAAUGAUCAGUGAUAUUUCUUCCACAAUUCGACAAAUUGCCAAAGCUGGAGUUCGAUUUUCUGUUAAUUCAUUGAUGUCAAAAAUGUCACUUCCGAACACGAAUGAACUUUUGCCUGUCCCAGAAGUUAGAAGUUGUUUGGUUUUGUAUGAAGGAUUGAUUCAAACCAAGUUUUUUGAUGAAGAAUCUAUUUUUGAAAUGGUUGUUGGUCAAUUGAUACAGACUGUGCAAAUGAGUGCGACUAGAUUGAAAAAAUGUGAAGGUGAGAAUGAAAAUUCAUUGUUUUUUCGCAAAUUGUUUUUUUUUCCAGAUAUAUCAAUUUUCAUAAUCAAUUGUCUUACUCUUAUCAAAUCUUCUAUCCAUUCGAAAAACGAAAAAAUCGAAGCGAUGAUUGAAAGUAAUGAAGAUGUUUUGGUAUCUGAAACUCUUUCAAAAUCCCUCAAUACUUCUGGAAUUCUCGAAAUCUAUCAAAAAAUGCAAGAAUAUUCGUCUAUUCCACCAUCAGAAUCAGGAAAAACUCCAGUUUCUCAACUUUCGGGUUUGGAAGCAGACAAAAUUCAAUCAAGUCUUCAAAAAUUUGCUGAUUUUCUGCAUAACAAUGGAGAAAGUUCUGGAACCCCAGAAUGUCUUGAAAAAAUCUUGGAAACUUCGGAAAGAUUGCGAAUUCGUCAAAGAAUUGCUGCCGAAUUCUUGAAUGUCUAUAAAUAUGUAAUUGAAAAUCUCGAAUUGGCCGAGAAUAAAUUUGCCGUUUUUCAUUAUUUACCAGUUGAUCAAGUAGAGCUUUUUGUUUUGAUUUGA